CAGUGUGCUGCAUUUUAUUUAUUCCUUUGUUUAUUUAUUUUUGCUUAUAAACUAAUAUUUAUGACUAUUAUCUGUUCUGUACAUAUGAUGUUCUAAGCUGUAGUCCCUUUCUCAGCUCUGACACAAGAACCCUCUAUAGAUGAGUGUCAAGGGCAUUUCAGCUGUCAGGUAUUUGAGGCUCUUCACAAAGGCCGUGAUUCCAGGCUCAAAGCUAGAGAUAAUACGAUGGGAAGCAGAUUAAAGAGGGGUUAACUGCAAGUGAUUAGCUGCAUUAUCUGCACUGUGCAGCAGAUUACCUGCCAUCGCUAACACAGAACCACACUGUAGGGUGAAAGGGAUGAUCCGAAUUAGCCAGGUUUUGGUGUUGGAAAUAAGAUUAGGUGAAUUGUGUGUCUUGCAAUACACAGAUAGUUUUGUGUAUGCGUGCACAAGUGCCUGUGUGUUUGGUAGAUGACAACAAAACACAAAUCCUUCCAUUAAGACCAUUUGGGAGGAGCAAAAAGGUAUCUUUUGAGUCCUUAUAAAAGACGGAUCACUUGGAAAUCGAUUGAGGGAGGCUUCAUCUGGUCAUCAACGAAGAGAGAAUUUACAUCGAUACGGGUUAGACUUCAUUUAUUUUUGCGAUGCUGCAAUAAUCUGCGAAGGAAAUAACACAACUGAUUUAAGCUUCAAGGCGUUACAACGUUUUCGGUGGAGUGGCUGCCAGUUUCAAGCAAGAUGAAGCAAGUACCAGAGUUUCACGAAGACUUCUACAUCCCCAUCCCUUUAGAUUUCAACAACCUCUCAGCUUACAGCCCUUUUUUGGUCCCCCAGGACCACCUGGGAAGCCAAGGCAUGUUCAUGGUCAUGGCUGUCUUUAUGUUUGUUAUUUUCGUUGGAGGGGCUUCGAUCAACAUCCUUACCAUUGUUUGCACAAUUCAAUUCAAGAAACUCAGAUCUCAUCUUAACUAUAUUCUUGUGAACCUUUCCAUUGCCAACCUCUUCGUAGCCAUUUUUGGUUCCCCGUUAUCGUUCUACUCCUUCUUUAAUAGGUACUUUAUCUUUGGGGCAACAGCAUGUAAAAUUGAGGGCUUCCUUGCAACGCUUGGAGGAAUGGUGGGUUUGUGGUCUCUUGCUGUAGUGGCAUUUGAAAGGUGGCUGGUCAUUUGCAAACCCCUUGGGAACUUUACCUUCAAAACCCCUCAUGCCAUAGCUGGCUGCAUACUUCCUUGGAUUAGUGCAUCAGCAGCUGCAUUCCCUCCACUGUUUGGCUGGAGCCGGUACAUACCUGAAGGUUUGCAGUGCUCCUGUGGACCUGACUGGUAUACCACUAACAACAAAUACAACAACGAAUCCUACGUCAUGUUUUUGUUCUGCUUCUGCUUUGCGGUUCCUUUCGGCACCAUCUUGUUCUGUUAUGGUCAACUACUCAUCACACUCAAAUUAGCAGCCAAAGCUCAAGCAGAUUCAGCUUCGACCCAGAAGGCGGAGAGGGAGGUGACAAAGAUGGUGGUGGUGAUGGUGUUCGGCUUCUUGGUAUGCUGGGCACCAUAUGCUAGCUUUUCUCUCUGGAUAGUUUUCCACCGUGGUGAAACAUUUGAUCUGAGAAUGGCAACCAUACCAUCCUGCCUUUCUAAAGCCUCUACAGUGUACAAUCCUGUCAUCUACGUCUUAAUGAACAAACAGUUCCGUUCCUGUAUGAUGAAGAUGGUCUGUGGCAAAAAUGUUGAGGAAGAUGAGGCCUCUACUUCAUCUCAGGUCACCCAGGUCUCCUCUGUUGCACCAGAGAAAUAAACCCAUUCUUAAUGUAACCUCAUCCUGUGGACAGAACCACUCUGGCAGUGAAAAACAAUUUUACAAUGAUUGUAAAUAAUAAACUUAGACGCAAAUAGGAAUUUUUGCUUUUAAUGUCAACAUUUUUGUAACUUGGU